AUGUGGAAUGUCACCAGCACUUAUCCUUCCCUCCUAACCCUCAACUUUGGGCCAAUGACUGAAGUAAAAUACGUCUACAGCGUAAUCACGUUUCUUGGUUUCCUCAUCAUUGUUCUUUGCAACUUUGCAGUCAUCUCCUCUGUGGUCUUACACAAGAGUCUUCAGGAGCCCAUGUACGUCUUCAUCUCCGUGCUGUGCCUCAAUGGACUCUACGGUAGCAGUGCCUUCUUCCCCAAUUUAUUCGUAAAUUUAAUUAGCCAAACUCAAACCAUCUCCUACGCGGGUUGUUUAACCCAAGUCUUCUGCAUUCACACCUACAUGGGAAUAGAAAUGCUCAUCCUGACUAUCAUGGCCUAUGAUCGAUACUUGUGCAUCUGCUGCCCCUUGAGAUACACCACUAUCAUGUCCUUGACCAUGGUCCUCAAGCUCGUCGUCUCAGCCUGGUUAUUUAUUAUCUGUAUAUUUUUAGCCCAGUUUAUGUUGACCAUUAAGCUCCCACUAUGUGGCUCCUUCAUCCUGAAGAUCUAUUGUGACAACUGGUCAGUGGUGAGGUUGGCCUGUGUUGACACGACGGUCAACAAUAUCUACGGGCUCUUCAUCACAUUCAUCUUAGUCCCCAUGCCAGUGCUAAUCCUUAUUUCUUACAUUGAAAUUCUUAGAGUUUGUGUCCGGGCCUCCAAGGACUUCCAAGCCAAGUCCUUACAAACAUGUACUCCUCACUUAGUGACCAUCAUUAACUUUGUCAUUGAUGUGUUAUUCGAGAUUCUGCUCCAUCGCUUCAAUCCUACCAACCUCUCCUAUGAGCUGAGAACAGUGAUGUCUCUGCAGUUCCUGGUGGUCCCACCAAUUUUGAAUCCCCUCAUCUAUGGUUUGAAAACCAAGGAAAUACGGGUGAAAAUUAUGAAGUUUCUGAACCCAAAAAUCGUAACAUCACGCCAGUCGUGA